CAAAAAAUUGACAAUAGCAUAGCAUUAACAAUGGAAAAUGUUUUGAGAAACGAUACAGCAUGUAGAAUAUGCUUAGUUCAGGGCGAGGGCAUGCAAGCCCUGUUUGUUGAAGGGACUGGUAUCAUAGAACAAAUAGAAUAUUGUACUGGCAUAAGACUCCUCAAUGAACCCACCCUCCCCUCUCACAUUUGCCCCCCCUGCCUCACGCACCUCUCCAUCGCACGCUCGUUCAAGUCCACCUGCUUGUCAUCACACCACACGCUGCACCCGCACGCUCAGACACUGGUCAACACUGAUGUGAAGGUAGAGCGGGAUGAUGAUUGGGUCAAGGAGGAGAGGAAGAGUAAGAGGGUCAACAUGAAGAAGGAGAGAGAAGACAGAAAUAAAAACCGAAAACCACCCAAGGCCCAUGAAUAUAUCUACACGGAAAACAAUCAGACAAUGUACGUCAAUAUUGGCAACAGUUUCACCGAACCAAGUAUAUCUUCAACCAGCGACAGAAUACCUGGCGACUCAAUCUUACACGAGAAGACACCAAAGAAGAGAUCCAAAAAAGGCUCCGCUGAUACCUCAAACUGGGAAAUAAAUAGAGUGAAGAAAGCUAGAGAAUCCGGGAGAGCUUAUUUGAGUCAAAAGCGCUUAAAAGGUAUAAAAGUCGGGUUUGAAACUAGAAAGGAGCGUAAAAUGGGACCGCCUUGCUUUUCGAGCUUAUGUCGUAAAAGCGCGAAGAGAAGAUGCGAUAUUAUAAAAGAUAAGGACAGAAAAUACUGCUUUAACAAAUUCUGGGGCCUAAAUUGGACGGAUAAAAAGCAGUAUGUUAUAGAUUUAGUAGAUGUUACUAACUGUAAAAAGGUGAAUGGAGAGUCGAGAAGAACAAAGACUAUAAAGUAUAAUUUGGAGGUCAAUAAUGAGUGUUGGCCAGUUUGUAAGAAGAUGUUUUUGAAUACGUUGAGUGUGGGCGAGAAGACGGUGUUGGGGUGGUUGGAAAAAGCUUGUGAGCAGGCGGCCAUGAAUAACACGAAUGAUAAUCAUUUAUCUAAUUUUACUCCUUCGAUUCCAGACCCCGAUCCAGACCCAGAUCCCGACCCAGACCCGCCCAGCCCAGAACCAGACAUUAAGCCCCCCAAGUGCAAGCGGACUUACAAGAAGUCCAACGGUCGGCGACCCAAGAAGUUCAAGUUUAAGAGGCUGUGGUGUGUUGCGUGUGAGAUCAAGUUUAAUUCGAAAGAAGAAAGCGAUGCUCACAGGCUUGCUAAGCACCCGGAGGAUCCUUGGAUGUGCGAGAUAUGUGGCAAAGUAUUCGCGCACCGCGGCUCCCACUACACGCACGUGCGUUCACACCUCCCUCCCCUGCACGGCUGCGCGCACUGCGACUACAAGACCUGGCACCGCCACGAUCUGGUCAAGCACCUACGCAUCCACGCCGGUGUGAAGCAAUACCAGUGCACACAGUGCGCGCGGACGUUCCACACAUCCUCCAACUUGGUGUCACACGUGCGGCGUCUGCACGACCGCGCGCGCCCGCACCAGUGUAGCCAGUGCCAGCGGCGGUUCUUCGACAAAACUAAACUGAGACGGCAUAUGGAUAGCCACAACGACGUCAAACGGUUUGAAUGCGAAGUCUGCCACUCGUGUUUCACCCGCCGCUGUUAUUGGAAGAAGCAUCUCCAGAAGAUGCACGGCAUCACCGUGCCCCCGCAGCGGCCAGGCCGGCAGAAGGUCAACUUCUUAGUGGGCCAGGAGCUCAUACAGGACAGUACUGACUCGAAAUGUGAGAAGACUGCGGGGUUGUCUUACUCCCUCGCACCCCGAUCUGAGUAGAGCCCACAAAAUUUAAAAAUGAGGUUGACCGAUCGAAGUUCUCAUUCAUUCAGCUAAUUCUACGCACGCGCGCGCUCCGCGAGCCAUGUACGCCUCCACAGUGAUCGAUCUUCUCCACUCGGUCAGUGACUAACCAUCGUUGAGCCCGCUCCGUGAGUUAUUGGACUACAGUGCAGAGUUAGUGACUCAAUAAAGUGAUAGUGCGCCCUGAAAAGGUUAUACUGUAAGAUACCAGGAUUUCAGUGAUUGCUUGGAUUUCAGUGCCUCCUCGGCUAGGGGAUGAUAACACCCGCACCAACCUUACCGGGACAGGACAGUGAGUACACAUUUCGAACCGUCUUAGGGCGGCUAGAUUACACAAUAGGCAAUUCUCAUAUAGCGAACACGACAGACACCCCAGUAAUCCACAGAGUACCAGGACCAAAGUGGACUGGAAAAAAGUGAGAGUAGGCCUCCUAAAGGCACCCACUCAUAUCCCCACGUCCCCGAGCAUGACAAAAGAACAGACUGACACUGCAAUUGACCUAUACACUAGUCACCUCACCUGUGUUCAGAGAGGCUUCCAGGGAGGUCCCGGCAGACGAUAUCCGUCGUCGCCCUCUCCCUGAAAGCUUGAGGAAACUACUGGAUAGGAAAAAUGCAGCACUCUCGUUUCCCUUCGCCCGAGAAUCGGUGUUCCCUGAGGGCCUUGCAAAGGCAGGUCAAGGAGGGAAUCACCGCUUUUAGGGAAAACGAAUUCGAGCAGGAAAGCACCUGGCCCUGACGGCAUUCCCAACAGACUACUAAAAAUGCUUCCUGAACCGCACGCGUUAUCGCGCAACGCGUGGAAGUUAGCCACGGUCAUUGGUAUACCCAAACCGGGGAAGCCGAGAACCGAACCAUCUUCAUACAGACCCAUCAGCCUACUGAGUACCCUGGAGAAACUCUACGAG